AUGUUGAGAUUAACAGCUACACGUACAGCAUGUAUGGCUAGACUUGCUAGGGCCAACAUGGCUGCUGCCUCCCGAAACUUCCACAUCAGGUCAGCAUUGCUCGAUGCUCAGGUGUUUAAGAUGCCAGCCAUGUCGCCCACAAUGGAAGAGGGAGGAAUUGUUAGCUGGAAAGUCGAAAACGGCCAGGAGUUUGCUGCUGGUGAUGUUUUACUAGAGGUUGAGACCGACAAGGCCACCAUUGAUGUUGAAGCCCAGGAUGACGGAAUUAUGUGGGAGAUCUUGGAGAAAGAUGGUGCCAAUGGUAUUGCUGUGGGUAAACCUAUCGCAUUGAUGGCUGAACCAGGCGAUGACUUAUCGUCUUUGGAAAAACCUGACUUGGCAGCUGAAACUCCUGCGCCAAAGAAGGAAGAGCCUAAGGAGCAAGCUCCACCAGCAGAAUCCAAGCCUGAGCCAAAGAAGGAAUCCCAGCCUAAAUCGCAGGAGAAGCCUGCUAAAUCUAGUGAGGAACCAAGUUCGGGUGACGUCUUUGCAAAGGCUAACCCUCAACAGAAGCUUACGCCCGCUGUGGAAUUGUUGCUUCACUCCAAGGGAAUCUCUAAUGAAGAUGCUUUUUCCAAAAUCCCAGCCUCGGGUCCUAAGGGCAGACUUUUAAAAGGAGAUGUGCUUGCAUACUUGGGUGAAAUUGAUAAGAACGCUGUCGAGAGAGUGGCUUCCUACAUCAAGAACAAAGAGCAUUUGGACUUGUCCAACAUCAAGAUCGCACCUCCAAAGGAAGAGGCUAAGAAACAGGAAGAGGCCAAGGAGCCAAAGAUUCAAAAGCCUUCCAACAUUCUCAACAUAGAAUUCACAUCAGAAUUGGGUGAAAACGUCUCCGAGUUCAAGUUCCAACACGCUUUUGAGAAAGCAUUGCAUACUGCCAUCACACAGACUUAUGGAUUUAGAUUCCCAGAAUACGCCAAGGGCCCAUCUCCAUCUUCUAUCGGCGUGGACGAUGUCUUUGACGACUUGCUCAUCGCUCCUGUGACCAAGAAGAGAUUCGACGUUUCAGACGUUCAAUACAGAUUCACUUCUCUGGUUCCAUUGGGCUCUAACGCCCCAGCAGCUCAGCCAGACGCUUUUGAUGAACUUCUAGGAUUCGAUGCCUCGCCAGCACCUGUUGCCUACGAUGCAGAGGGUCCUACAACCGCUAAUGUGAACUUCAAGGUCGCCUUCGACGAGAAGUUGGUUGACUCUAGAGAAUUUGUGGAAGAUUUCCAGGAAUCUUUGCUUAGCCAAAUUCCUACAAAACAGCUUGUAAUCACCCACUUGUGA